AUGGCAAUCAUCGACCGGCUUAUAUCGCCUUGGUCAUUGGUUGUCGGAGGUAUAGCUCUCGUGGUCUACUAUCUCUACCCAUAUUUGGUGACAUACAGCCACCUUCGAGAUAUUCCUGCUCCGUUUCCCGCUCAGUUUACCAACUUAUGGCUACUCUAUACUGCUAGAAGAGGUAAACGCCACUUCAUUGUGGACGAUGUCCAUAAAAAGCUUGGACCUGUUGUGAGGAUUCAACCGAACCAUAUCAGCAUUGCCGAUGAUGAUGCUAUCCAGAUAAUCUAUGGCCAUGGAAAUGGAUUCCUCAAGUCGGACUUCUAUGACGCUUUUGUGUCAAUCAGACGUGGUAUAUUCAACACCAGGGACCGCGCUGAGCACACCCGGAAGAGAAAGCUCGUCGCUAGUACCUUCGCUCCAAAGUCGAUAGUCCAGUUUGAGCCUUACAUCCAGCAAAACCUCAAGACAUUCGUCAGCCGUUGGGAUGAGCUAAUUAAGGCUGGGGCAAACAAGACAGCUUAUAUCGAUUGCCUGAAAUGGUUCAACUAUGUCGCCUUUGACACUAUCGGAGAUCUGGCUUUUGGCGCCCCCUUCGGCAUGUUAAAAGCUGGGGCAGACAUAGCUGAGGUCCGCACGGCGGUCGACAAACCUCCGAUCUAUGCGCCAGCCGUCGAUAUCCUCAACCGGCGCGGUGAGGUAUCCGCCACCCUCGGCUGUCUCCCGCAGCUGAAGCCGUAUGCGAAAUGGCUCCCUGACCCUUUCUUCAGCAAGGGCCUUGCAGCCAUUGAAAACUUGGCCGGCAUCGCAAUCGCGCGUGUAAAGGAUCGUCUCGAAAAUCCGCCAGACAUCAACCGUCGGGAUCUCCUCGCCCUGCUCCAGGAAGGACGAGACGAAAAAGGCGAGCCGUUGGGAUUCGAGGAGCUCACCGCCGAGGCGCUAACGCAGCUAAUCGCCGGAUCCGACACGACCUCCAACUCCUCCUGCGCGCUCCUGUACUAUGCCACCCGCACCCCCGGCGUCCUGCAGAAACUGCAAGCGGAGCUCGACGCAGCGGUCCCGGACGACGCCACCGAGGUUCCCGAGUACGAAGCGAUCAAGAACCUGCCGUACCUGCAAAACGUCAUCAACGAGACCCUGCGCAUCCACUCGACGUCGGGCAUCGGACUUCCGCGCGUGAUCCCGCCGGACUCGCAGGGCGUGACCAUCCGUGGACACUUCUUCCCGCCGGGAACGGUACUCAGCGUGCCGACGUACAGCAUCCACCACUCGCGUGAGAUCUGGGGCGCGGACGCGGAUGAGUUCCGGCCCGAGCGCUGGGAGGACGCGUCGCUAAGACAGAGGAACGCGUUCCUGCCGUUCUCGACGGGGCCGCGCGCGUGCGUCGGCCGCAACGUCGCGGAGAUGGAGAUGAAGAUGAUUGCGGCGACGUGGGCGAGAAGGUACGAGGUUUUCCUCAGGCAGGACGGGAUGAGGACUCGUGAGGGGUUCUUGAGGAAGCCGCUUGCGUUGGAGAUUGGGCUGAGGAGGAGGGGAGGGGAGGUGAGGUGA